AUGGAAGAGCUGCACUACGCGCUGCAGUCGCUGCCCUCUUGUCAACGGUGUCGGCGGCUGAGGAAGAGAUGCGAUUCCCAGAUGCCGGCCUGUCGAUUGUGCCAAAGUGCGAAGGUCGACUGCACCAUUUUUGAUCACGCACUACAGCAGACGCUGUCCCGCAAGUAUAUCCAAUCUCUCGUCUUGCGCCUAGAGAGUCUCAAGGAGAAACACGCCACUCUCACACUAGAGGUUGAUGCUGGUCGUCAAGCUCUGCCAGAGGGUACUCCAAAUGAAACGAAGACGCCCUCUUCCCUUCCGCAUUCAGCAUUCGAUUCCGACCGAGGGGGAGACUUUAACAACCAUUUCCCUGUUCCCAGCGUCAAUGGGUCGACUUCCCGGUUCUAUGGGUCAAGUUCUGUAUUUGCGCUUGCGGUGGAGGUCCUGGCGCUGGCCUCCGAUAAGAACCUCUUCAACCCUUCGGGCCCAUCGGAACCUGUGCUUUCAGCCAAGGACGGCCAUGACCGAGAUCUGGAUUCCGUGGCCCCUACGGCAGUCUUUGAUACCGGAAGAGAGUUUGCGCAGUCCCUCAUCGCGGAUUACAUGGCAUCCAUCAAUAUCAUUCACCCAUGCAUUGACGAAACUCACCUGCAAAGGGACCUUGAUAGGUUUCUAGCGACGAACGGAGCUCUCGAGUUCGACGCAGACAAGCUGCAACGGAUCGAAAAGUAUCAAUGCUUCCGCAUUGCCUUGAUGUGUUCCAUAGCCUGCACCGCGAAGGCGCGGCACAGUCCCAGCCUCGCAGCUUAUGGCAACCAAUUCUACGCGCAGGCUGUGAGGUACGUGGAGGAAGUGACGGCAGAGGUGUCCCCGCAGUCCCUCGAAGCUCUCCUCCUGCUCGUGAUUUAUUGCCUCUUCAAUCCCCGCAAAGGUAAUAUAUGGAAAAUCCUAGAUUUCGCCUGUCGCCUGAGCAUCCAACUGGGGUAUCACACGGAGCAAGGGCACUCGAUACUGGAGAGUGAAGACGACAAAACCUGGAGGAGAACAGCCUUCUGGAGCCUCUACUCCAUGGAGCGAUUGGUAGGGCAAUGUUUCGGUCGACCUUCAGACUUGCCCAGCUCCAUCAUUACCACAGAAUAUCCGACCGUGGUCACAGAUACGGCGCUCUUAGACGACGAAUCAAUACAGAAAGUGUCAGCCGCUCAAGGAUUCCACUUGAUGUUCCUUCGCUCAGAGAUCUACACAGAGAUUUACCUUUCCGCGACCAGCCCCCUACCGAGGCUGAAAUGGUUUUUCGACCAGCACGACGCGUUGCGACAAUGGUACCAGAAUCCCAGUCAAAGGCCCUUCGUCAACGACAGCACAAAUGUCGCAGGGGUGGGCGAAGUCACGCGCGAAAUCAUGUACCACUCAUCGGUUCUCUUCCUCUUUCAACGCCAUCUUCUCGAGGCCCUCUCCACCAUUCGGCGGCAUAAUCCACGACAACGAGAUGUGUCUCAGCCGAACCACCCACAUAUCAUCCCUUCGGAACCAUACCACUCCUCGAAGGCUCUUCUGAGGUUGUACACGCUCAUUAUCCGCUCGACGACGUGCAACUCACCUCUCUCCAUCUUCCCCGUAACUUUUCUCGCCGCAUACUCGAUCUUCCAGGCGGGCAUGACGCUUAUAUCCUACGCUCUUCUCUCCCUUGAGCCCGCCAUCAGAAUCCACGGCUCCUCCUCUGUCACUCCCUCAUGCCUCCAGGCUUUUGAGAGACGAGGAAGCGAAGAAACAGGGCUCGACUUUUCGGAUCUGCUGAGUCUGUCAAACGACUGCCUAGUAUUACUGGCCUGGUGCAAAGAGCAAUGGCCUGGUAUGGAGGGCAUGCUCGACGCCUUUGCGAGAUGUAGCGCCGAAACAAUACCGAAGGUGCUGAGAGUGUGA